UAUAUGGUAUGGACCGGGUUUUUUUUUUUCUCCUCCUUCUCGGCGUUUUCGUCGUAUUGUGUGUGGCGCAGUUUGGUGAGGGCUGCUGUGCAACAUGUCGAACGAGAGUAAAGCACGAGGUCCCGAGCAGCUCAGGAAGCUGUUUAUUGGAGGCCUGAGCUUCGAGACGACGGACGACAGUCUGAGGGCCUAUUUUGAACAAUGGGGAACACUGACGGACUGUGUGGUCAUGAAAGACCCGAACUCCAAAAGGUCCAGGGGCUUCGGGUUCGUCACCUACGCCAAUGUGGAAGAAGUAGAUGCUGCCAUGAACGCACGCCCCCACAAAGUGGACGGGAGACUCGUGGAGCCCAAACGAGCCGUGUCCAGAGAGGACUCCAACAAACCCUUUGCACACAUGACCGUAAAAAAGAUAUUUGUGGGCGGCAUCAAAGAAGAUACAGAGGAGUCCCAUCUCCGCGACUACUUCGACCAGUUCGGGAGGAUCGAAGCUAUUGAAAUAAUGGUCGACCGCGGCUCUGGAAAGAAAAGAGGCUUUGCCUUCGUCACCUUCUCAGACCACGACUCAGUAGAUCGCAUCGUUAUUCAGAAAUAUCACACGAUAAACGGCCACAACUCUGAAGUGAGGAAAGCUCUCUCCAGGCAGGAGAUGCAGAAUUCCAGCAUGAGAGGAGGAGGACGCGGCGGUGGUGGUGGUGGAGGAAACUUCGGUGGUAGAUACGGUAACGAUGGUUACAACAACGACUUCAGAGGUGGCCGAGAUGACUUCGGUGGUCGAGGUGGAAGAAGCAACUACGGUGGUGGAGAUAACUACAAUAAUGGAUUUGGAGGCAGUAGUGGUGGUGGUUAUGGUGGUGGAGAUGGCCCUGGCUAUGGAGGAAACCGUGGAUAUGGUGGUGGACAGGGCUAUGGCAACCAAGGUGGUGGAGGAGGAGGAGGAGGAUAUGGCGGCGGUGGAAACGGCUACGACAACUACAACAAUGGUGGAGGAAACUACGGAGGAAGUAACUUUGGAGGAAGUGGUGGUGGUGGCAGUGGAAACUACAGUGAUUUUGGCAACUACAACAACCAGCAGUCCAGUUAUGGCCCAAUGAAGGGAAGCUUUGGUGGUAGUGGAGGAGGCAGGAACAGUGGCCCAUAUGGUGGUGGAUAUGGAGGCAGCUCUGGAGGGGGAGGUGGUGGAUACGGUGGUUCUGGUGGAGGCAGACGGUUUUAAUCCUCGAAGGACUCAGUACUUAGGAGAGGAGACAGGAGAGCGAGAGGGCUGACAGGGCAGCGGCAGGUUUACCUUCUAGACUGCUCAGCCAAUCAGAAGAGGUGUACAGUAGCUAUCAUGAGUGGGACUCCCUGCAUUCAGUUUCAUGACGUCAUGCUGAUACUUUUCUUUUUUUCCUUUUUCUUUGUGGAAACGCAUUCCGAAUGAAAUUUAGGUUUUUAUGUGGAUUUUCAGUUUAGUACUAAUUAUGUGUAACUUCAACCAAACGAAGUUGAAAUAAAGCUUCUUACCGUUUUUAUAAA